AUGAAGAAUCAAUUCGUGUCUGAAUCUGAACUGCACCCGUCACAACUAACUCCUAAUAAGUCAGAUUUAUACCUGAUCAGGUCUAGUCAAAAACCUGCAAUCACUCAACAUCCAUCUGUACCUGAACCAGAUUUACUCAAUAUAAGAAGAAAGAAUCCACUCUCGAGUCGUGAUAUCGCGACAGAAUACGAAAAAAUCCAGUUCCUGAGUGGACGACGAGCGCGAAACAUCGACAUUUUGGAUGGUGGCUCGAGUCAUCGCAUGUUGACGCUAGAUACAACAGCCGAAGAUUACAACAGUUUUGCUGAUGACUCGAUGCCAACAUUCGCUGAACAAAUUCAGAAUGUCACAGUCAGCGUGGGACGAGAUGCGCUGCUGGCGUGUGUCGUGGAUAAUCUCAAACGAUAUCAGGUAGCGUGGGUACGAGUGGAUACACAAACGAUACUCUCAAUCCACGGCAAUGUAAUAACACAGAAUCCGAGAAUCUCGUUGUCAUACAAUGAUCACAGGUCCUGGUAUCUUCACAUAAAGCAGGUUCAGGAAGUUGAUAGGGGGUGGUACAUGUGUCAGGUGAAUACAGAUCCGAUGAGGAGUAUGCAAGGGUUUCUGCAGGUUGUCGUACCACCAACGAUAAUAGCAAAAGAGACCUCCACAGACAUGGUAGUCCGUGAAGGUUCCAACGUGACCCUAGUCUGCAAGGCAACUGGAUAUCCCGAGCCAUACGUAAUAUGGCGUCGGGAGGAUGGAAUGAGUAUAAACUACAACGGAGAGAGUGUGAGUGUUGUUAAUGGAGAGGUACUUCAUAUAAUUAAAAUAAGUCGUCUACAUAUGGGCGCUUAUCUCUGCAUUGCCAGCAAUGAAGUGCCACCAUCGGUUAGCGCUAGAGUUGAUGUUCGGGUGCAGUUUCCACCGAUGCUAUCCAUUCCCAAUCAACUGGAAGGUGCUUACAUCGGUCAGGAUGUAGUUCUGGAGUGUCACACUGAGGCUUAUCCAACGUCCAUCAAUUACUGGACAACAGAGGCCGGUGACAUGAUAGUCUCUGGUGACAAGUACGAGGCAUUAAAUACCGACAACGGUUACAACAAGUUCAUGGUACUAAAAAUAAGAAAUGUCAGCCCCAAGGACUUUGGCUCAUACAAAUGCGUCGCCCAAAAUUCACUGGGUGGUACUGAUGGUGUGAUAAAAUUAGACGAAAUUCCAGCUCCAUCAACAACAACAACGCAAGCAACGUACCAUGUCACGUCAUUGAUGAAGAAAAAUGGGAGAAGUAACAAAAAGCAUAGACAACGGCCAAAUGACUAUGAGCUGGAGGAGUGGCGUGAUGCAGAUUACGACAGGGACUACGACUCGACAAAGAGGCCGCACACCGAUGGGGAAUACUCAAGCCUUGGGACACGUAUCUACCCAGAGCUAUUACUAGCUGUACUACUCGUACCACUAAUCUAUCUGUCCGUAAGAAGGUGAUUCUUGGGACACGGACGAGUCUUCCAGUUUGUAUUCAAUGAGCGUGAGGUUGAGGUACGUAAUGCGUGACCACAACUCGGUGAAAUCAUAAAUGUGAUGCGAUGUGACCACUUAUCCAUCAUUUAAUCCUCCUAUUUUGCAUCUUAGUGUGGGAUUGAUAUCGCGCUGUUCAACGAUCAGUCAUGCUAAAAUUAUUUUCGUACAAAAUUUAAGGGAUAUGUAAAGAAUUCAUGAACACAGCGGGAAAACUCGCUUAUACCGUAGUAUGUGACAUAUGAGAGGAUGUCAGUGAUUAUAAAUAUGAGAGAGCAUUUAUAUAUAUGAGAUUAUACAGAGAAAGAUAUAUAUACCAUUGAUUAUUAAGGGAAUAACUAGAUAUUUUGCGUAGAUUGCUAAGUGCUUAGGGGUUGAAUUUGCCCAAUGCCGUCGUCGUUGUUUAAAAUUAAUCGAGGAAUGAUUGAUGAUUCAUACUGGUGGGUAGGAGGGUACGUUUAUGUUCGGAUUUAAUGACAUCAUGACGACGGUUCUUAACGAUAAAUUCUCUAGGAUUUGUAUUGAUGUUUCUAUUCCUUUUUGGGCUAUUU